AUGGCCAAACGCGGACAUCUCACCCAUCUGUGGUUUAAAAGAUGGGUGGCAUUAGACGAAGGGGGCAGAAUCUACUCUUACAAACCCUCUUCGCAAGGAACUCAACGCAAACAUCUGAAAUUACUUUAUAAAGUUGAACCAACCACGAAAAUAAACUAUUCGAUCGAAACAUGUAUCCUCGAGUUAAAAACGAACGAUGACAGGGUGUUUCAAUUAAAGGCCAAAGACCCAUUAUUGCUCCAAAAUUGGGCGCAGCGCAUUCAACGUUUUUUGGCGAGUUCUAGGAGCAAGUCUGGAGAGGUACGAAAGCGGAUGGACCUAUUUGUGGAUACGGACAAGGUCAAUGCGGAAGUAGCACCUCCAAUCGUUCGUCGCAGAUCGACACAGGAAGCUGUUCGUCCUACACCCGUUGGGAAGCGAGAUAUUGACAUCUCAGCUACAAGUCUUCGGCAAAAAGUUAUGAACAAGCAGGGAAAGGACUAUUCGAGUCAAAACGCGUCCUCCAUCCAGAAGGACUACAUUUCGACCAACAGUACGCGCGAAGCCAUUUUGGAAUCUCGGAAACAAGCGCUGUCUGUGACGAAUGCCGAGGAUGCGGAGGCUCUUAAGUCGAAAUCGGCUCUCACGCCUCCACCAGCAAAAGCUUCUCCUCCCCUUCCUUCUCCUUCCUUCACUCGCAAACUGCUGACGGAUGCUCAGCCUCAAAACACUGCGAUUUCUCGACGCAGCCUCGAGAUACCCCCUAGUUUUCCUCGAAAUAUCCCCGUUGUGAUGGCGACUCCCUCCCUCUUCAAAGCGUUUAAUUUGCUGGAGAUUUCAAAAAAGCAUCGACGCGCAUUGAGCAGUGAAUCGCUGCUCCAAUCCUCCUUCCACACGACGCAAUACUUCAAUCCAGAGUUCGACCCCACUUCGGAAGAAACAGAACCUGCUGGAAUUCGAUCGAUUCUCCACGAACGACUUCUUGAAGCACUGGAGGCUUCCAUAUUCGAGGAAAAGGACAUUGUGCUGAUUCUUGAUAAACCGGGACUUCGAAUGGUGAAUCAGCUCGUGUUCAAUAAGAGCGAAUUGAAGAAGUGUGGCAUCACAGUCAUCCAAUCCAUCCACUCGAAUAAGCGUCACGCCUACCCGAAAUGCCAGGCGGUGUAUGUAAUCGAUCCAUUGUAUCGAGAGAAUGGCGUCACCUCGCUCGAUUUGUGCAUCUUCGACCUCGUUUCACAGCCCAAGCACUUCGAAAGCGCAUCGAUUUUGCUGUUAGCUCGCUUGCCAAAAGCGAUCGAAGAGAAGAAGAUCUGGGUUAUGCAAAACCGCGUUCUUCUUCGUUCGCUUCGACUCCCGCCGGCGGUAAUCAGUGGCAACACCGAAGUCAUCAGCGACGAUUUGGUGCUACUCAAUGUCUUUUUGAUCGAUCGUGUGGCCACCAAUCUCUGCUCGUUUCUGGUCAGCAUCAACGAGUACCCAUACUUCCGCUUUGACUGCGAUGACCCGCUCACCGCGCAGAUCGCAGCCAAAGCGUUUUUGAAUCUGGAAGAGCGAGUUCGCUACGACGCCGAUUUCUGGUUUCGCGGCUGCAUGGAUAUCCACAAUCGAUCGACGGUGCUGAUUGUAUCGCGCAAAUCGGAUAUGAUCACUCCCUUUUUGCACUCUGUUGCCUACGAAGCGAUGAUGCACGACUACUUUCAUGUGGGACAUGAUGGGAAGCUCUCCAUGAUCCCACACCAAGCGUUGUCUUUUCUAUCGGGUGGUUUGCCUUCGUCGGUCGAUGUGAAUGAGUCCAGUUCUCUUUGGAAUUCGAUUCGAGACCUUCGCUAUGAGCAUGCGCGCGAGAAGGUGGAUUCCCUCAUUUCCAACUGCGAAAAAUCGUUAGAAAUUAACAAUCAGAAGAGCUCCCCGAUUCGUUCUCUCAACAUCAUCAGUCGGAAUCUCGAAACGGCUCUCACCUUCCGAGAAUCGUGCGAUCUCCACUUGAGUGCUCUCAACGUGUUAAGUCGCAUCGAUAACGUUUCCCUUUCUUCCCAAUUGUCUAAUGAUCAGCUCUACCAUCUCAAGCAGCUUUGCAGUCUCGAGCAAACGCUCUCUUCCUCCUGGCUUCCUUCGGGCGGACAGCUCACCCUCGAGGAAUUGCUUCCGAUGGUGCAGCGAAUGCUCAUCGACACGACGCUCGGCGAGUUGGAAAAGCUUCGACUGCUUCUCAUCACUCUCUUCUCCUAUCCCUUUCUUCUUGGAACGCAGCAAUGGAGCGCGUUGAGUGUGGACUUUGCUCGCGCGUUGACUACUGCUGAACAUAUUGCUGGCGAGAUGCGAUCGAGCGUGUACUCCAUGUCGUACAGACAACGAACCGCCGACCGUUGCGAUGCAAAGCACUCCUUAGAGGAUAUUGUUUACAUUCGCAACGUGCCCUAUGUGGCAAACAUCAUUCGAAUGAUAUCAGAAGACUACUUGUCUCGAAAGCAAUACCCUUUUAUCCUCAAGCCUCCAAUCGAUUACGACAUUAGGGAUAAAAAGCCAGAAAACGAGAUUCAGCCAGAAAUCUUGGAGGAUUUCACUCCGAAGAGACACCGUCGUCUCAUUUUGGUAGUUGUGGGAGGCAUAACCUACACGGAGCUCCAUCACUUGCGAUCCUUAUCCAAGGCAUUGAAGCAGCAACUCAUCGUUGUCAGCACUUCUCUUUUGAAUCCUCAUUCGUUUAUUUCCUCCCUCUCGGAAAUGAACUGGAGUGAUUCCUGA